UCAGAGAAAAUCACCUGUUUCUGUUUUAAAAUGACCUAUUUAGAAAUAGCCUAGGAGAUAGAUUCUAGGUCAAUUAUUCGGAUUAAGACUUAGGCCUAUAUUAUUUUUCUGGGUGUUAACCAUCUGCUCCUUAAUGAUUCCUAUUUGCUGCAUAAUUAGGAAUUGUUAUUUUAGGAAUAUAUGUUAUAGACCAUCUAAAGACAUUCUUAUAAAGUAUCUGGCACUGCCUAACUUACAGUUAUAUCGCAAUUCAGUGAUAAGUAUAAUAAAUGCCAAAAGUAUAGGAAGAUCCACCAAUACGUUUGCUAAGUAUCCCAAAGCAUCAGUAUCUUCUGGGACCAGUAUUCAGCUGUUACAGAAGGAUUUAACUAAAAGCUUUGAGAUGGAAAACAAGGCGCCCAAAACGCACAUAAAAGCAAGGAGUAAGCCGUAUCCUCGUUCUAAAGAGGACAGAACACCUGUUAAAGAUGACCAGGUCAGCUGGAGUGUGAAGUUUGAUCAAUACGAGCCACAUGAAUACACCUCAGACACAGUUUCUGGUAAAAGUGGGAAACCAAUUCCUGAAUGGGCUGAUACAGGGAAAGUGAGUCCGAAAAGGUUUAACACAGUAGAUGGGGACGUGAACAGAAUCAGCUAUCAUGGGACAUAUGACUUGGAUGGAUCAGAUCGUCCUAAAAACCCUGUGGGACGAACUGGCAUCAGUGGUCGUGGCUGUUUGGGUAGGUGGGGACCUAAUCACGCAGCAGAUCCUAUUGUCACUAGGUGGAAAAGAAACGAAAAAGGAGAAAAAUUACAGAAAGAUGGGAAAUACAUUCUAGAAUUUGUUGCUGUCCAGAGAACUGACAAUAAGGAAUGGGCUAUCCCAGGUGGCAUGGUUGACCCAGGAGAAAACAUCUCUGCCACACUGCGCAGGGAGUUUGGAGAAGAAGCGCUCAACUCUAUGCAAGUUUCACCAAAAGAAAAGGAUAGAAUGUUGAAGGCCAUUGACACGGUCUUCAACAAUGGCACUUUGAUUUAUAAAGGCUACGUAGACGACCCUCGGAACACAGACAAUGCGUGGAUGGAAACCGUGGCCAUGAACUUCCAUGAUGAUGAUGGUAGUUCUGUAGGAAUGUUGAAACUGCAUGCUGGCUCCGAUGCUGCCGGAGUUAAGUGGAUGGAGCUUAAUCAUGAGCUGCAGCUCUACGCCAGUCAUGUUCAUUUCCUGGAGGAAACAGCCAAGAAGUUGAAUGCUUACUGGUAGAUGGGGGCUGUCUAAUCUAUGCACCUGGUCAAAUCAUUUUUUUUCUUGUCGUUUGAUCAGUUUUAAUUAGCUUUAGAUUUAUAAAAUACAUUUCUAGGUUUACCUCAAUUUCUUAUCUUUAUUGGUGCUAAAAAUAGUCUAGGGCGUAGAUGGUGUGGGUGUAGUUGAAUGUCAUCAGUUUUUUUUUCUUUUCAAAUCUGGCCAAAACAUGUAAAUCUUGUUGUGAAGUGUGUUGGGGACAGAAUGGUUGAAUGGGCUCAACGGGUGCCAGAAACCUAUUUCACAAGAUCAAACGCAGCUGGGCAUUUUGUUGACCACACAAUCCCUAUGACCACAAUGUUGUUUAAUGUCACACAUAUCAUGAAUGUUUCCUUAUACUGAUGAUGUGAUUCUUGUAAAUAGUCUUCACACUGUUAUAUUUUUAAGUUCUUUUUUUAAAAAAAAGUUCUAUGUAUGUAUACAUUUGCAAUAUGUAUAAUUUCACUUUUUUAAAAACUGUUUAGUAGUUGCUUAAGCACUUCAGUAUAAAUUAUAUCAAUGUUUUUUAAAAAAAUCACUAACAUAUUUAACUUGUUUAAAGUAGCUAAGUAACAAUGAUCUGACUAAUCCACCAACACUAUGAUGUAAACUUGGCAAAAGUAUUCUAAACUCUAAAAGGACAAAAUGAUUUGAUAUUGUUACAAAACUUUUUAACUUAAUUUGAUCUUUCUAUAAUCAAAACUUGACAUGGCUGUUCCUUUUAUCUGAUUAUG